GGGCCGAUGGCAGGGAAAUACUAUUAUGCUAAUGGUUGUUUUGCUCGCACUCGCGGGGAGCGGGGUUUAAAAGCCAGGCGGCCAAGGGUAGGGGCUCAGAAGCGAGAGGCAGGGCCGACAAGGCAGCGGGCGGGACGGGAGGCGAGGAGCGACGAGGGUGGGGGCAGCCACCCCGUCCAGCCCACCGCGCCCCAUCCCACGUCCUUGCCAGCGGCGAUGUCCAACGUGCACCUCUCCGCUGCCGCCGCCGCUCUGGAGCGCCUGUCCGUCCGGCGGGCCCUAGUCGGGCACGGCAGGAGCCCCGUUUGCAGGAGCCUCUUCGGGCCGGUGGACCACGAGGAGCUGGGCCGGGAGCUGCGGAGCCGCCUGCGGGAGAUAGGGGAGGAUGAUCAGCGUCGCUGGGACUACAACUUCCACACCGACACACCGCUGCCAGGGCCCGGCCGCCUGCGCUGGGAGGAGGUGGAAGGCGGCGCUGUGCCCGCUUUCUACCGGGAGACGCUGCAGGUGGGGCGGUGCCGCGUCCCGCUCCUACGGGCGCCCCCUUCCCCGCCGCCGUCACCGCCGCCCCCCGCAGCCGCCGCCGCCAGCAAGGGGCCCGGAGGGCGCCUGAGCCGGGAGAACCGCGCCGCCCCCCGCUACCGCGGCAUGCGGCUGUGCCGGAGGGGCCCGACGGCCCGCAUCACAGAUUUCUUCGCGAGGAGGAAAAGGCCGGCGGAGCCCAAGGCGGCGGCGGAGCGUACCGGCGUCUGCCCGCAGUCCCCCGCCGCCGCCGCCACGGCUGAGCAGGCUCCCCGCAAGCGGCUCCGGUGAGCCAGACUUUUGCACUACGGCACCCACGGGAGAGGCGCACGCCCCCCGGAGGCGCGGGGGGCGGGGCGGGCAGUGCCGUGAGCAGGGACCCCUCUGCGCCCGCACUCACCGGGAAUGGGACCGGGAGAAGAAGCCGGAGCUCCUGCCCGCCGGCCGCGGCCGUAGCAGUGUUAACGUACAACUGUGCAAUGUAUUACGUUUUGUAUAGAAAUGUAUUAUGCCUAAUGUGAGUACACUGGCCAGAAGUGUAAAGCUUUAAAAGUCAUUUAUAUGAAAUGCUUAAUCUCUGCUGAGCUCUCAGUGCAAGAAAAAAAAAGGAGAAAAAAAAACAAAAAUGUAAGAAAAAAAGCGAGUGUAUAUUUGUACAAAACUUUUUUUAAGAGUUAUACUAACUUAUAUUUUCUAUUUAUGUCAGAAAUGUGGAUAACUUUGACAUCCAAUAGCCUUUCGGUUUUUUUUUUUCCUUUUGGUUAAGCCAAAGGGCACUAUAUUUGCUUUUGUUAUUUACAAAAUGUAAAUUUAUUUUUAUAGUGGGAAUAUUUUUUUUUUGCAUUCACAAGACGUAGCUCUGAAUCAAAAUACUUCUUAGACUUGAAAACAAAUCUGUUUCAGUGGUUCCUGAGCCGGUCUGUACCACUGCCAUUGCAAAUAAUGCCACAACUUCAAAAACACUAAAUAAAAGAAGCCAGGAAACCCCUGCAAGGCUA